AUGGCAGAGCCGGAGGCGCAGCUGCUGCUGGCGGUGGGGCUGAUCGAAAAAGACACCAACGGAGAUGCUUUGUGGGUUUGGUGUUAUCCGUCUGUAACAGCUGAACUGAGGAGUCUAUUGCUGCGAAAGUGCUGCCUUACAGAUGAAAAUAAAUUGCUUCAUACGUUUGUAUUUGGCCAGUAUAAAAGGUCAUGGUUCUACAUCACAACUGUGGAAGUUCAAGAUUCUCCAGCCUUGAAGAAGGUGACCCACUUCUCCAUUGUUCUGAUGGCCAAAGACUUCAACCCAGAGAAGUAUGCAGCCUUCACUAGGAUACUGUGUAGAAUCUACUUGAAGCAUGGAAGUCCAGUUAAAAUGAUGGAGAGUUACAUUGCAGUCCUUACAAAGGGGAUCUGCCAAAGCGAAGAAAAUGGAUCUUUCCUCAGCAAGGAUUUUGAUGCUCGGAAGGCUUAUCUUGCUGGUUCCAUCAAAGAUAUAGUAUCUCAGUUUGGAAUGGAAACAGUUAUCUUAUAUACAGCACUGAUGUUAAAGAAGAGAAUUGUAGUGUACCAUCCUAGAAUAGAAGCUAUCCAGGAGUUUACCAGGACUUUGCCUGCUUUAGUGUGGCAUCGACAAGACUGGUCAAUUCUUCAUUCAUAUGUACAUCUAAAUGAGGAGGAAGUGGAAGCCUUAAAAGCCUGCACAGGUUACAUUGCUGGAUUUACAGAUUCUGAAGUGAACAGUAGACCAGACCUCUAUGAUGUGUAUGUGAAUUUGGCAGAUAGUGAGAUCACUAUUUCCCCUGUAGUAAAAGAGGCAAUGACGAUGGGAAAACUUCACAAAGAAAUUGGACAACUAAUUGUUCAGUCUGCAGAAGAUCCAGAUAAAUCAGACAGCCAAGUCAUUAAGGAUAUUUCUCUGAAGACAAAAGACAUCUUGGCUACUUUAGCCUCACUUACUGAAGUUUCCGAUGGCAAUGAAAAACCAACCCUUAACUCUGAGGCCCUGAAACAAAAGCGAUUUCCACCAGCUACAGAAAACUUUCUUUUUCAUUUAGCAGCUGCUGAACAAAUGCUUAAAAUCUGAUUUUGAUGCACUUCAGUGUUAUGGACCAACUGAAAAAUACUGUCUUUGCCAUACAGAUAGGAAUACCUGAUAUUUUAUAUGGAAAAAAUUAAAGGUAUAAGAGUGAAUGUCGUAUUUACCGUCAUAUAAUGCAGAAUGUCAGAGCUUGACCUGGAACUUAUGGAGGCAUAUUUGGGAACAUUCCUGGUGUCAUUAUCUUCCCCAACUAUAACUUUGUAUAUAUGGCUCCUGUACUUCAUAUAACAAUGUGGGUGCGUAUAGAAGUAGCAUGUGCCUGUGUGUCCAGGCUGUGCCAGACAUUAUUAUAGUGGCCAUUUGUCCUGCAGGUUCCAGAUGUUGGACAGCUCUAUUCUUGUUCUGACUUGUCUUCCUGGCAUCUGGAACACGGGCUGCAGCACACAUGCUGUAAAACCAGCACAGUUUGGAUGUGCUAGUCUCUGCACAGGGCUACACUGAACAUGCAGUUGGUCUGAGUGCUCAUGCUGGGCUUCCAGGUAUGUCAGCCUGUCAGAUACUGCUCUUGCUUGGGACUGCCUGCUACCUGGAAAUCCCAAAUAAAUGGACAAGUUCUCUUCUUUCUACUUGAAAGUGUCUAGGUAUUAAAAAAAAAAAGUCUGGGAAAAUUUGACAUGGUAGCCUUACUAUAUAAAGGAAGAGGUAUUUUAAAGCUCAAGUGGGAGUUGAGCACCUCUUUUGGACUCUUGCCUUAGAGGUUUUCCCCCAUUUCACUCCGUCCCAUGCCUUUGAUGGAGGGAAAAGAGGACAGGGUUACUAUAUUUAAAAUGGGACUUCCUAGGGGGGGCCACAGACAAGUGCUGCUGGAGUAAUUUAAGAAGUUGUUAGGGUUUUCUGCUGAGAAGAUACCUGGCAAUUCAUUCCUGAUCCAUUUGACAGAAAAAUCAAAUGAGUUAAAGCCUAAUGGACUAGAAAUGUUGAAAUGGCCAGGUAGCACAGGUAGAGCACCAACUGCUUAAACUGCUUGAGCUGUAACACAGGUACUAUCUGAUGGUGCUCUGUGUAGAUUAAACGAGAUGGAAACUUUGGAAGUGAUAGUGAAAACUGGAAAAUAGUUAGAGAAAAUUAAAAUUUGUCUACUUGUUUGGUUGCAUAGCCAUAACUCAAGAGAAUAUUUUUUUUUUUUUGCAUUGAGCAGCCUGAAACUAACUGCUUUGUAAUCUUCUGAGAAGAACUUAGAUUCUUUGUAGGGAAAUACUCUGAGCCAAACGAUCUGUAUUUCUUCAGAACUGUCCACAACAAAUCAGUCAAUUCUGCAGUAGCACUUUGUUAUAAGAAAAAGUAACCUUUUUCCUGGCCUUUGUAUAGAUAGGCUGUAGCACGUAGUUUUACAUAGAGAUUUUAUACUUAUGAUUAAAACUUUAGUAAUCAAUAUUUAUAUUGUGAAAUAAUUGGAUGUUUGCUGUUCUGAAACUGGUAGAGUUCAUCAAUAACUAUGUGCAAGCAAUAUUGGUUUGAAAAAGGGUUGUCCUUUUGCUGUGUAUCAUAUGUUAAGGAAAUCUAUUUUAGAAUGUGGAUAAGGAAUGUGGCAUCUAUGUAUAAAAUAGCUAGUUAUUAGAGUCAGUAAAUGAAAGUGCUUCAGAAUAAUCCUCUAUUUUCAGGGGUGUAAAAUUCUACUUGCUCUGGAGUUCAAAUUCUGAACACAGAAGAGUGUGGGGUGUUUUUUUUAACUUCUGAGAAAAAUACUGCAAUUGCCUUCAUUUACCUGCAAGUGCGCUGCAGUUUUUUUCCCCCAUUUGCCCAUUAAUGUUUUUUCUUCAUGGUUCUUUAGUAUUGCUGCUUCUGUUUUGGUACUUUUACAACAGUUGGAAUAGCAGAACUGCAAAAUUAUGCUGAAAAUUCAAUUCAGCACCUACUUUAAAUCCACUGAAAGGGAAGUCUUUCACCGAGAAAAACCUGAACGUGCUUUCAGUCAGCUGUCUUAACUCCACGUUGUAACUAUGAAGAAAUUCACAUAGAUGCUUAUUAACAAAAAGCCUUAUGGUAUAUCUUUAAGGUGGUAUGGGUGUUAGGGGCAACCACAAAAAGCAGAGAAGCUCAGUUAGAAACUAAAUAUUGAAUGCUUACUUUGCUUUCUGUUUUGGAAAUGUUUAAGUUGAAAAUCUUGGUGGUGUGUUAGAGCUUGUAUUCUGACGUUUGUGUGAAACAAAUGAAAUAUAAUUUUGCACUUAAGCAUGC